GUCUCCACCCCACAAGGCUGCGUUCUCUUCUGUUCAAGUCCCUGAAUAUGGCGUGUAGGCCCGAAGAUGUGGGAAAAACAGCAAAAUCAUCAUUUUACGACAAUAUGUCUAAAUUAGUUACAGACCUUGCUAUCAAGUUGAUAAUUCAAAGUCUGAUUUUUUUUUGGUUUUUAUCUUUUGUCUCUUAAUUAAUUUCUAUGCUUUUUUUUUUAUUUUUCUUAUGAAUGGAGAUCUCAAAAUCAUGGAUUGUAAACAUUUGGUACUCAUGCAAGCACGGUUCUUGCGUGUUGAAAGAUACAGGUAUGGAUUUUGAAUACCAUUUCUAUAAUUAGGUAUAGUGUUUCUCAUCAAACUUGUGAUUAUUAGAAACUAAAACAGAUGUCAUUUCCUUUGCACUCUGAACUAACUAAUAUAAACAAAUCAGUACUUUAUUAGAACUUACUUAGAUUAAUCUUUUGGUUUAACCAAAUAAUUCACCUGAUUCGAACCUGACUAAAAUGCUCUUGCAGGCCAAGCAUUUGAGUAUGGAGGGGUUGAAAAGUGAGUGAUCUUUAUUUUCAUCAUGCAAAUUUAGUUAACAUGGGAGCAAGCCCCAUGCUUUUCUUGCCUUCACACUUGUUAUACCUUUAAACCCCUCUCCUCCAUCCUCUCUUUCCUCUUCAAGAGCAUUUUGCAAAAGAAAUUAUUUGAAGUUGCAUCACUGUCAUCUAGCUUUCACAAAAUCAACUUCCUUUCUUUCUUUUCAAUGUGUUUUGAGCAGAUAAGAUGGUAAGACCUCCUUGCUGUGACAAGCUGAACCUUAAAAGGGGUCUCUGGACUGCACAGGAAGAUGCAAAGAUACUUGCAUAUGUCUCAAAGCAUGGCACAGGAAACUGGACAGCCGUUCCUAAAAAAGCAGGUCUUAAAAGAUGUGGGAAGAGCUGCAGGCUAAGGUGGACUAACUACCUGAGGCCUGAUCUUAAGCAUGACAGCUUCACUCCCCAAGAAGAGGAGAUGAUUGUUAGGCUUCAUGCAGCCAUAGGCAGCAGGUGGUCCAUAAUAGCACAACAACUUCCUGGGAGAACAGACAAUGAUGUUAAGAACCACUGGAAUACCAAGUUGAGAAAGAAGCUUUCUGAAAUGGGAAUCGAUCCUGUCACUCAUAAGCCUUUCUCUCAAAUACUUGCUGAUUAUGGAAACAUUGGAGGCCUUCGAAAACCUGGCAGCAGAAUUGGAUCUUUCAAUAAAGAUUUUAAGAAUGUAACUAUGUUGAAAUCUGAAACAUAUCCGUUCCCACCACAAGGAUUCCCAAUCAUCAGCAGUCAAUUGGUGCCCUCAACAACAUCACCCCAAACAGCACCAAUCCAAGACACCUUUUUUAAUAGAAACCAAGCUAACAACGACCAUUCAUUUGAUCUUCUUGCCGAGCUCCAAACCAUAAAGCUGGUCACGGAGGUCUCGAAUUGCAGCCACAACAAUACCCACCCACCACCAAUCUUCCUCGAAGAUUCCUUGUCAUCGUCGUCAUCAUCAUCUCCAACCUGUUCCACUGCAGCGCAAGAGAACUCACCCCUUGACUUAAGUUGGCAUGACUUUCUUCUCGACGAUGAAUUUCUACCAGCUGAUCCUCAAGAACAAGAAAUCAUGGCUGCGCAUUCAUCAAAGGAAUUUGCAAGCCAAAACCAAAAUGUGAUACAGAAAAAUGAGACAAAUAAGGAGGCUGCUAUAGAAGAAUGUAUUAAAGCUAAAGGAACAGAUUGUGAAAUCCUAAGCAAUGACUUUCAACCCUCAUCAUCCUCUGAAAUCUCUUUUGUGGAAGCCAUGCUAGAUCAAGAAUAUCGAAUGUUCUUAGACUUCCCUAACCUUUUGGAGGAACCAUUCUACUACUAA